CUUCUUUGUCGAGACUUUCUGCUCAAGGAAAGAACACGAUCUUGCUAUGGGACAAAGUGAUCUUGAUAGGCAAAUCGAAAAAUUACGAAACUGUGAACUCAUUUCAGAACUUGAAGUCAGAGAACUUUGUCGAAAGGCCAAAGAAGUUCUGAUAGAAGAAAGUAACGUACAAAGAGUUGACGCACCUGUUACAAUAUGUGGCGAUAUACAUGGACAGUUUUUUGACCUAAAGGAAUUGUUUAAGGUUGGAGGAGAUUGUCCAGAUACAAAUUAUCUUUUUUUGGGUGAUUUUGUAGAUCGUGGUUUUUACAGUGUAGAGACAUUUCUAUUACUUCUAGCACUUAAGGUGAGAUAUCCAGAUAGAAUUACAUUGAUACGUGGUAACCAUGAAUCACGACAGAUCACUCAAGUAUACGGAUUUUAUGAUGAAUGUCUUCGAAAAUAUGGUUCAAUCAAUGUAUGGAGGCAUUGCUGUGAGAUUUUCGAUUACAUGAGUUUAUCCGCAAUCAUUGAAGAUAAGAUAUUUUGUGUACAUGGUGGAUUAUCACCAUCCAUCACUGCAGUGGAUCAGAUUCGUAUGAUUGACAGGAAGCAGGAAGUUCCACAUGAUGGAGCUAUGUGUGACCUGCUAUGGUCUGAUCCAGAUGACAUUGAAGGUUGGGGUUUUAGUCCUCGAGGAGCAGGUUAUUUAUUUGGAGGCGAUGUUGUUAACGUGUUUUUACAAACUAAUAAUUUAGAAUUAAUUGCACGUGCCCAUCAAUUAGUAAUGGAGGGUUAUAAAUUGAUGUUUAAUGAUACAAUAGUUACUGUGUGGUCCGCACCAAAUUAUUCAGCGAUUCUCGAGUUAGAUGAUCAAUUGAAUAAAAAUUAUAAAAUAUUCGAGGCAGCAGCACAGGAAAUUCGCGGUGCACCAACAAAAAGGACAGUACCGGAUUAUUUCUUGUGA